CGGAGAAGCUGACUGUUCGCUCGGUGGGGUUCUGCUGUUUCUAUGGCUAUGGCCUCAAGACCCAAAGGAUCAACUGAACAAUGAAAUCGGCUCCAGGGCGCAAAUCAUCUUCUGUUUCUUUAUUCCUUUAGAUCGUUUGGCUCUUCAGGCGUGUUUCGACUUAUUUUGUCAAUAGCCUCGGACGCUUUCUUGCAUCGAACCCCUGUUUCCCCGCCGCUAGAGCUUCUUCAGGUCUCCGUGCGAUCGACACGCUGCUGCUUGACCAAUUUUCUGAACAACGCAAAUAACAGAGUUGCGAUUGAAUUAAACGAAAUAAACGUUGAGUGAAUAUGGAUUUCCGUGUUCUUCAAGGUCCAGAGAAGUUGCAACAAGUUACGAAGCUUCUAGACAGCCUUGAAAGGGAUCUAAAGGAUAAGUCAUUGAACUCUGCUCAAAGGACCCAGACCCUCCUGCAGCUGAGGCAACAUGGCACUAGUCCCGACAACGCGGGUCCUAUUUAUUCAAAAAGGGGGAUUGAGAUUUUGUCAAAAUAUGGCGUUGACGGAGAGACAACGGAUGUUCGCCACGCGGCCCUCCGCUGCGUCGCAAAUGCUCUCUUGCUGGAUGAGAACAUGCGCCAGCAAUUUGUAGACACUGGUAGAGGUGGAAAGUUGGCUGAAAUGCUGAAAUGUGAUUCUUCCGAGCAUGAAAUGGUUAUCAGCCGUGUACUUUUCCUCUCGACAUAUGAAACAAACAUGAGCUUCGACGAUCUUAUCAAUAAUCACUCCCUGGGAGAAAAUGUCAACUAUCAAAUCCUUCGACACUCCAAACAGUUCCCCAAAUCGGGCAGAAAGCCACUACCACAAAUUGAUGAAUUAGCAUUUAUCGAUACUCUGAAGCUGGUAUUUAACGUAUCGAAACUUUUCGAGGAUUUAGCACCGACCUUCUCGCCGUCAAUUCCCUACAUUUUCAAAAUCAUUAGCCGUAUUGACAUUCCUCUAAAGCCAUUGGAUGGCCUUCUUGGUACCCUUUUAAACUGCCUCUCGACUCUUGACCUUGAAAACAAAAAGGAACGGUCCUAUGAGAGCAACCCGCUUUUUCCUACUUUCAACCAGAACUGCAAUGUCGACAAGUUGAUUAACAUUCUGGAUCAAGCAGUGUCAGCAUAUGACCCGCUAGAGCUCGAAACAAAAGCAAUACCUCUCUUACACACUCUUGUUACAAUCCACGAACUCGCGCCAGAUGGUCCACGCAAAUAUAUGCAGUGGCUUCUCCUACCGGAUGACAACGAUAGAAACCGGCCAAUUGGCCAGUCGGACACGCUUUCGUCGAAACUGCUCAAACUCUCAACAAUGCCAUACCGAAACCUUAAGAUUGCGAUUUCCGAACUAAUGUUUGUUCUCUCUGGAAAGAACGCCGAAAGCCUAACCAAGAACAUUGGCUAUGGUUUUGCGGCGGGGUUGCUUGCAUCGCGAGGCAUGGACAUUCCGAAGUCUGCAGGUGAAGCAUUUGCGACGAACCCUGAGGGCCUUGAUCCGGAGGUCAACCCAAUUACGGGCCAAAGAUGGGAUAAGGAAAAAGAAGACACGGGCCCACCCAUGACCCAAGAAGAAAAGGAACGAGAGGCGGAAAGACUGUUCGUGCUUUUCGAAAGGGCCAAGGCAAACGGCAUUCUGGGGGUCGAAAACCCAGUCACACAAGCUCUGCAAGAGGGAAGGCUCGAAGAACUGCCUGACUCCGAUAGCGACUGAACAGAGCAUAUAUAAGUGGAUGAAACUGGCCAUAUUGAGUAUAUAUUUACGCGCAACCCGAUUACCCACAUACAUAGGUUGUAUUUAGCUCAACCUAAGAGCACCAUAUAUAUCCGGAACAAAAGGGAAUAAAUUUUCACCUUUACAGGUCUUCCGUAGGCAGCGACUCUAUCCAUAACCACAGGUAUGGUGGUGACCGCCAAGCUGACCACCAAUGACGUACAGUUGGGGGUUUGGGCGGCAGCACAAAUUCUCGGCAAAAAAAUUGAGCAUCGCGGGGCUAUCGAAGUUGUGUCAACCACAAUCUGCUAGAGAUCGUCCGGUUCAUAUACACGAUCCUAUUGUCUACCAUUUACUAGUCAUCUGAUACCCUCAAAUACACCAAAAUGGCCGGCCCGUUUGAUCCAGAGCAGGCGCAGAACCUGGAUGAU